CUCUACAUUAAUGGCGACCAAAACAAACCAAGUGUGACCUAACAGUGAUAUAUUAGAUAUUUUUUUUGCUAAUAAAUAUGUGUGGUAUUAUAUUUUCAAACCAGCAAUACAAAUUCUGAAUAGGGCUUUUAAAAAAUCUAUAGCAUGUGCAUUACAAAGAGUGUUAUUUCGAAGCAUCUCCUGAAACAUGUCUUUGGUAUUGAACAUAAUUAUUUGUCUCGAUUGUCGAAUAAUAAUUUAUGCGGACAUCAUUCAGAAUUACAUGGAAUGAGAUAUAAAUAUUUAGUGCGAUUUAAAACUUCAAAAUCGUACGGUGAAGAUAAUGCACCCGUAUUCGCUCCAAGAAGAGUGACUGUGUUAACAAAGAUGACUCGUUUCCAGUAUGAACGCAGACGCCAGAGACAAAUGUCAGAGAACGAAUUCAGGGCUUAUCUUGAGUCCAAAGAUUCAGAUUAUGACAGACUUUUAUUACGACAUAAAAAUCACCAAGCAGGUCUGGAAGCUGUGAAGAAAGCAUUUGAGGCUGCUGGCAUUGAAACGAGGAUAGUUGAGCGCUUUGACCUUACUAGCAGUACAUUAGAUUGGGCAGAUGCUGUGUUCACUGCUGGAGGCGAUGGUACCUAUCUUUUGGCAGCUUCAAAGUUUAUUGACAAUAAUAAGCCUUUGAUUGGCCUCAAUACUGAUCCAGAAAGGUCUGAGGGUCAUCUGUGUCUGCCUAAAAGGAAAUACCCUGCUGUGAACUUUGCUGCUGCCUUAAAGCGGAUGUUAGCGGGAGACUUCCGGUGGAGAUGGUUACAGCGUAUCAAAGUUACCAUGUCAGGCCAACACAGCAAUGAUACCCCAAUUGAAUUGCAUGAUCAACAGCUGUCUUUCCCUGAGCUCAGAUUCAUAGAGCAUAUUGCUGAGAGGGAGCAGGAACGGCACCCUGUAAAUAUCACUUCUAACCCCCCACCAGUCCGUGUUCUUCCAGUUUUUGCUCUUAAUGAAGUAUUUAUAGGAGAAUCAUUAUCUUCCAGAGUAUCAUAUUAUGAAUUCUCUGCUGAUGAUGGUCCUGGGGAAAAGCAGAAGAGCUCUGGAAUCACUAUUUGUACAGGCACAGGUUCCAGCUCAUGGCACUUCCAUAUCAACCAUUUGUCAGUGUCUUCUGUCAGAGAUAUUCUUGUCAUUGCCAAUCAGAAAACUGGCAGUCAGUUUCCUGUUGAUGACUGGCACAUGCUGGAGUCUGUUGUUAAAGAGUUUAAUGAUUCUCUGCGAUUCAGCCCUAGUUCUCCAUGUAUGGCUUAUACAAUCCGAGACCCAGUGGUAAAUGGAGUGUUUCAAGUUAGUAAUCCACGGAAUUUUGCCACCAAAAUUCGCAUCCGAUCACGCAUGUGGGAUGCAUGCUUGGUAGUUGAUGGUGGAAUCUCAUUUAAGUUCAAUGAUGGAGCAGUAGCUACUCUGGAGAUUGCCAAAGACCAGGCAAUCCGAACUGUAGUUUUUGACUGAGGCACAUUCUGUUCACAAAUUAAAAAAUGCAAAAGCAGUUUUUAGAAGUGUGGUUUUCUGCAUGAAGGGAAAAAAAUUGUGAUCAUUUAUUGAUGAUAAGUAUCAAACAAUACAUCUGGGGUUUUUUUGUGCUUGGAAGAAUUAUUGACGGAGCAAAUGAGCAGCUGGCUUUGCAAACUUGAAAGAACGAGGGUCACUCCAAAGAAAGAAAUAAAAGCAUUUUUUGGGUCCCUUGAAUGUUCACUGUUUCUCCGAUGCGAGAAACAGAACUAUUUUUAAUAGUCAGCUGCAUGAAUAAUUAUUUUGCUUCUUGUGUGUGAGAAAGUUUGCACAAAUGCAUUUGUAUUCAGGUAUCUUUAUCAGUUGUUUGAAGUGAAGUUUCAUGAUUAUUGAACAAAUUUUGUAUGUGUUCAUAUUAUCUUUGUAUGUGUUCAUCUCUGCGAGCCUGUAAUAAGCAACUUAAUUACAUUAAGGUCCCUGUCAUCAGUGUGUCAUAUUCAUGAUAUUUUCUCAGGAGACCAUUUGUGUUUUAAAGUGAAAAACUUAGCGUUGAUUCCUUGUAUAAAGACUAUUUCCAUAUGCAUUUGCUUACAAUUCUGACUAAUAUUGAUUUAGGCUGUUUGAUUACCUGAUUAAAGGUGAGUUGUUGUUGUUGAUCUUGGAAGGGAGAGUGCUUCCACCUCAAGGCGAUUUCGCACUAUGGGGGAGGGGGGUUAAAGGUGAGGAAAAUCAACUUCAUUUAAAUACAGUGCUUGCUUUACAAAAAGUGGAUGGCUAACCUGACAUCUACUGUCAUUUUUAUGUAAUGCAAAUUUUUUCCACACCCACAGUGUUUAAAACAAAAACUUGCACAAAUACCUUUAAGCAAGUCAUAAAAGUAUUAGAAUACUGUUCCAUGACAAAAAGAUAUUUAUGAAAAAUCUGCCUUGCAUAAGGAAUUGUUAUAAUUUUUUUUUUGGGGGACUGCUUAUUUUUUUAGUAUUCUUAAUAUAAACUCAAAUUUGUAUAAUGCAAAUUUAUUUAAAGUGGGAACUGUCUGUAAUGACCACUGGUACUCUCAACAUACCAGCAUUAAUACCAGCAAGACCUUCAGUGUUCAAAGAUGUGCUUUAUGUUACAUAUUUAUUACCUCAAAAAGGUAAUAAUCUUUAAAGAUUGAAAGACUACAUAAUUUCUUUUUUUUAAAUCCUUGUAUCUAGAUGGUCUAAACAGUGCAAUUCAGCAACAUUCAUCUGUUGAUUGGCUGAACGUUUGAUUUAGCUCAAAGUUAGACCCUACUCAUGGGGAAAAUUGUGCUGAACUGAUUGGUUAUGAUGUGGAAAGUUCAGAUAUUUCUGGUUUGUAUUGGGAAAGUGGACAUUCUAGUGGUUAGAACACUGGCAUCCAAGGCAAGAGGCACACCAACGCAAUGCCUGUGGGCAUACUUCCCCUCGUCAACCCAGCUGUCAAGAAUGGGUACCCGACUUCAUUGAGAGUUGGGAAAGGUAAGGCGGCAAGGGAGAGAUGGCACCACCCUCACCAGAAGAUAGCCAUGAGAAAAGUUAGGUGUCUAACAUCUCACCUAACCAUCCCCAAAAGAUCUAACAGGGGAAGACCUUUACCUGAGCAUGCUUAUGUGCAUGGCAAAAAAAUAUUUUAAAAAUCAUUACUUACACACAGUGGACAUGAUCAUGUACUUGUGUGCAUUCAAUUAUGAAUAUUCAAUCUUUUGGAGCUAAUCACUAGUUAAAUGCCACUGUUUGAUCCUUUUUUUCAUAUUUUUUUAACCUUUGUAAAAAGUAUUGUACUGUUGUAACAGAUUUUGAAGUGAUAAAUAAGUAAGCAUUUCGUUUAGUCCUUGCUACUCCUUGAGGAUCAUAGGGCCACAACACCACCUUGCCAGCAAACCUGGUUUUGAGCAGCCCCCAUUCAGUUCAGCCCAUGUCGUUCCGACGUCCUUUGCCUCGCUUUCUACUGUUUUUUCCCAACUCUCUUUCCCUGAGGAUUCCAAUCAAAAUAGUAAGCAUUUAACUUCUAUAACUUUUUUGAAAUGAGAUAAGAUGUUUUUAUAGUGCACAUUAUUUUCUCAGAAUCAGUAGAAAAUAGGUCUUUAACCCAAGCUGUACCCUUGCACACAAACAAUUUCCUUAUUAAAUGAUGAUAAAGUUGUUUUCACUAUAAGUACUACUCAAAAAAUAUUUUAAGUACAGUUUACAGGUAUGUUUCUCAAAAGUAUAAUUGCUUAAUUUUGUACUUUUGAUCCUUUGUUUCAAAUGUCAUUCCAUGAAAGUUUUAAAUUUAUAAUGAUCUAUUACCAUUACAUUUGAUGCAUAGUUGUGUAAUUGAUGACUGCAUAAUAAUUUCUCAGAUUAAUACAUAUGGAUUUGCUUUGUGUUUAGUUUCAAUUAUAGCCUAGAUAACCUUAUGGCACUAGAUAGCAUUGUAUAGCCAGCCUUUUUUUGGGGGGGGGGAGGGGGGUUUCGCUUUUGAAAUGUUCUAUAAUUAUUGUGAACUCAGUACAUGCAGAUUUUCAAAUCAUUUUAAAACAAGCAAAAAAAAUCAAGCAAGCUUCUAAAACUUUCUUGUAACUUGAUGUAUCUAAUGAGUGCAAAGGUCUAAGGUACUGUUCAAUAAACUUCUUCUCUGAGGGA